UUUACGCGCGCUUCACGUUUGUACCUAUGGUUUGUACACACAUGACGUUACAUGAACGUAAAGUAGUUUUACCAGGCAGGGAAGAAUUAUUCUUGACAGUUAAAGUACGGUUCAUGUAAACUUUUGUUUGCAAACAGCCAAGCUGAAAAAACUGCAAUAAGUGUAAGUCUAGUUCGCAAAGUCCCUAAGUGCACUCUUUGUAAACAUGCUGCUGUCCAGAGUGCAGUGAUGCUGCAGGAUCCAGCAGGUGUUUUUUGUUGUGUUGGUGUGAUAGAAGCAGCAUGAUCCUUUAAAGGAAAGCUAAUGUCUCACCUUGUCUAACAUGGAAUCGAAUGAGUUACUUGAGAAAAGGGAUCAAAUCCAGAGGGAGAUUUUGGCUCUUGAGAGUACUCUGGGUGCAGACAGCAGCAUUAUAGACCUUCUCCCAUCUGACAGCAGCAGUGAUGAUGAUGAAUCUGAUGACAGUGGACCUGAAGUUAAAGGAGUGGAGCGUGAUGACUUGGAGGCAGAGCGCCUGCGGAUACAGAGGGAGAUUGAAGAGUUAGAGAAUACACUUGGUGCUAGUGUAUUGGAAGAGAGUAAACAUGACACUGAUUCUAGUUAUGUAGACAGUGAUGACGAUGAGUUGGAUCUUCCUCAAAAUGUGGAGACUUGCCUUCAGAUGAAUUUGGUCUAUCAGGAGGUGUUGAAAGAGAAGCUAGCUGAGCUGGAACAACUCCUCAAUGAGAAUCAGCAGCAGCAGAAAGAGAUUGAGGCCCAGAUCUCAAGCACUUCUAGCUUCUCCUUACCAGGAAUUCCCCCUCAGAAACAAUUUCUUGGAUACUUCAUGAAGCCUUACUUCAAAGACAAACUCACCGGUCUGGGCCCUCCAGCAAACGAAGAAACCAAAGCAAAGCUGAGUCAUGGUACCAGACCCAUUGAAGAGCUGAAAAUAAAAAGAUGGGAUGGUUGGCAGAAAACAUUGCUGACCAAUGCAGUCGCCAAAGACACUAUGAAACGGAUGCUACAACCCAAAUUAUCCAAGCUGGACUAUCUGAGUGCCAAGAUGUCUAGAGCUGAUGAAGAGGGAAAAGAAGAACUGAAAAAACAAAUAGAUUUAAUUGAGAAAGAAAUUGUAGAAAUAAGUGCCCUGAAAGACGAUCAGCUACUGGGUAAUCGCCAUGACGAUCAUGACUGGGAGAAAAUAUCAAAUAUUGACUUUGAAGCGUUGCGACAGGCUGAGGAUUUGAAAAGGUUCUGGCAGAACUAUUUACACCCCUCCAUUGACAAGUCAGUAUGGAAAAAGGACGAGAUUGAUAAACUGAAAGGAAUUGUAGAAGAGUACAAUUGCUGCCAUUGGGACAAAAUCGCAGAGGCUCUUGGGACAAACCGAACGGCUUUCAUGUGCUUCCAGACUUACCAGCGCUACAUUUCAAAGACCUUCAGAAGGAGAGAGUGGACAAAAGAGGAAGAUGAGAUCCUUAGAAAACUGGUUGAAAAAAUGAGAACUGGCAACUUCAUUCCUUACAUACAGAUGUCAUACUUCAUGGAGGGCCGUGAUGGAUCACAGCUGGCAUAUCGCUGGACGUCUGUUUUGAAUCCUUCUUUAAAGAAAGGCCCCUGGUCCAAAGAGGAGGACCAGUUGUUGAGGAAUGCGGUCGCAAAAUAUGGCAUCAAAGAAUGGGGGAAAAUCAGAUUGGAAGUGCCAGGCAGGCUUGACAGUGCUUGUCGUGACAGGUAUUUGGAUUGUCUUCAGGAAAAUGUGAAAAAGGGGCCUUGGAGCGAAGAGGAGGUGGAACUACUAAAAGAAAAGGUUAAGAAAUAUGGUGUUGGCAAGUGGAGUAAGAUUGCCUCAGAGAUCCCAACCCGGAUUGACUGCCAAUGCCUAAGCAAGUGGAAAUUACUAACACAAGCUAGUAAGAGUAAAGAGCAUCAGAGUAAAGGCAUAAAAAGAAAAAGGACAACAGUGCCACAAAAAAGAAAAAGACAAAAAGUAUUGAAAAGCAACAUUAAACAAGAGAUGAUCACCAGCUCCGAGGACGAAAACCAGAUAAAUAAUAUGGACAGUGAUGUUGAAUCAGAUGUUCCCAAAGAUCUGGAAAUACCUCAAAAUCGGGAAAUACCAGGAAAGGACUACGUACAGCCAGAUAUGAAGGAAUGGAUACCUUUAAAUGCAAACACAGUGGUUCAUUCUGUAGGAACUGUCAGGACUGUGUGGGUCUGUCCUCCUACCAUCGAGGAUGAGCUAGAUGAAUCCACUACAAAAUCUGUCUUCAGCCGCAUUCGAUCAGAGAAGAGCAGAUGUCCAAAAGUCAUGCUCAGUUUCGUGCGCAAUACUGUCCUGAACCACUUUGGAAACCUGGAAAGAACUUAUGUAGGUUUAAAACCUACUGUCUUGCAGAGUCAGACCGACAAUGAGAAAGCCAUGCUCAAGGUGUCUCUGAGUGAUAUUAAACACUUCCUACAGUGGAAGGGAGCAUCUGUUAUUAAUAAGGAGAAAACGACAAGUCCAAUAAAUAUAAAGAAAAAAAGGCCGGCUCGGGACAUGGCUAGCCUUAUCAAUGAACUCCUUAAAGUCAUCACCCCAUGGAUUGGUAAUGUGAUCCUGCCUGCUCCAGCGAAUGAAAAUACAUUUUGCAAAGGUGAUAUUGUUGGAAUGAAAGCAGCAGACAUCACUCUUCCAGAAACAUCAGUGUUGUCAUUUUUCCUCAAAGCUAUUCAAAUAGAUAUCAAGGGUUGCAAGAAUGUCUUUGAAAUUCAGCAAAAGAUCGACAUUAAGAAGCCAAUCGCUCAAUCUAAACCGAGAACAGUGUCAGCGAUUCUUAAGGAGGCAAAACAGAAAGCCGAGCACAAGAAACCUGCAGAACCUCCUCAACAUCUGCCCCUGCAGCCGGUUCUUCUUAACCCUCCCCAGCAGCCAGUCAGGCAGAUGACAACCCCUGCUUUGAUCCAUCCCAAAACUCUUGUUAUUACACAGCCAAACAAGCAGAUGGCAGUGCAGCCUUUAAUGCUUACGAAACAGAAAAUCUCUCAACUACCACAGUCACCAGCACAAGCUAUAUCACAGAUUCCUCUACCACUAAUACAGCAGACAGCACCUGACCAACCUGUCAUGGCCUCAACCCCCAAAUCACCAAGUGUAGAGGACUCAAACAGCGUCAACUCUACAAAACACAUCCACAAACCUACUGAGGAAGUCCAAGCCCUAAUGGAAAAAGCUAAAGGUAGUAAAAAAAAGUUGCUGAAACAAAACCACGGCAAACAGAAUGUUGUUUUUCAGGCUAUUACAUUGCAGACGCAGCCAGUCAACUGGAUUCUUGCCCCCACCAAUUUGGUACAAGUAACCGGUCCACGUUCUGCUAAUAUCCCAAGCAACCAGACACUAACUGUGCCAAACAUUUCCCCCAUGAAUAACAGUAUUCGUCCAUGUAUCUCAACCAAUCUAUACCCAUCAUCAUCUGCCUUUGUUGUUGCUGCUUCCUCUGUCAAUCCUGCCCUUAUAUGUUCUUCAGUCUCUAAUGCCUCCAGAGAUACCCUAAAGACUUCCUCCUCUGUGAACAUCCAGAUGCCUCUUUCACCUACUUCGACAUUAGUACAGAGCAAAAGUGUGCUACAUAGUGUUCAGAUGUUAUCUCCAAUGCCUAAAGAGGACCAGAAAGGUUCACACAUUGAAGCUAUGAAGAACUCCUCAGACUCCUCUUCUGACGAAUCCAGUGUAAGGAAAUAUCAGACAUCUACAUCAACUGAUUCCAGAGUAUCUCCUGCUGUUUUCAGUGUUCUUCCAGUUCCCUUGACUGUGGCCCCUACGGCUAGUGCACCAGUCGCAUCCAAGCCAGCAAAUAAUGUUGCAGUGGCAAAGUCUCCUGGUGUCAAUGAAAAUGGCUGCGUUCCUGUAAGAACUAUUCAGCUGCCAAACGUCAUCCAACAAAAAAGUUUGCCAAACACAAUAUUGAGCCCCCUUUCUACUUCUAGAAGACCGCUCCGACCAAUUGCUCCUUCACCUCAGUUUAUAGCUCAAUAUCCUCAUAUUGUGGCUCCAUUAGCUCAGAUUGUGGCUCCAUUAGCUCAGAUUGUGGCUCCAUCACCUCAGAUUGUGGCUCCAUCAGAAGUACCUCAAAUCAUAACAUCAAGUGAACCAUUGAUCCCUCUUCCUGAUAUUCCCUCUGAUGUUGUUAGCUUUAAUCCCCACUUGAUAUUCCCUGAGCAGUCAUCUGAAGUAGAUGACUGGAUGAAUGGAAAAGGUGGAAUUCCACUACCUCAUUUAGAGCUGUCUUUGCCUUACCUUCCACCGUCUGCCGCCAGCAUCAAAACACUGACUUCUUUGCUCAAAGUUAAACAGUCUUUGCUUGCAGCUGCAGUGAAUAUCCUGCCAGAUGAAUAUCAAAAUCACAAAGAGGAAGAAGAUCAAGUAGCUGCCAUCCGCAAAAUGAUUGCUGAAAGGUUUGCCUCAAAUCCAGCGUACCUGCUUUUGAAGGCUCGUUUCUUGUCAUGCUUUAUCUUACCAGCCCUUUUGGCCACUAUAAACCCUUCUGAGAAAUGUCAGUUGCCCACAGAUAACAAUGGUGAUGAUGCUGAGGUCUUGUAUUUACAAAAGAGAGAAAAAAGGAUUCAGCCACCAGCUACAAGGACUGAGCUUAACACAAAUGAAAACGAAGCAUCAGCAAAACAUUUCUCAGGAAUCAGGACAAAAAGGAAAGGAGUCGAUGUUGAGUUACAUAAGAUUCAUCAGCUGAAUAAAUGCCAGUAGCUUCAGAUUGUGUAUAGUUCAAAAUUAAUGUAGAAAUUUGUACCACUACAAAAAAUUCUAUAUUAGAGUUAAAGGGACCAGUUAGAUAUUAAUUGCACUCAUUUCUUUUACUCCAUCCAUAUGCUUCAAGAACAUUCAGUGUGUCCUGACAAGUUUCUUGAAAAAAAAUAAAGACUCAGAAUUUUGCACUGAAUUAUCAUAUACUUUAAUUUUGUUGAUGUUUGUUACUGCUUUUUGAAUAAAUUGUUCAGUAGAAUUGUGAAA